UUGACUUUUGGGAUUUUAGCUGCGCCACGGGCGCUGGCAAAUCAGUCUCACUCAGCCACAUCUGCAGCGACAACAGACAGGGCCAAGACCUCGAACCCCAUCCCCAGCCUCUCCCAUUCACGCUGCGUGACGCCUCUCGCCAUGUGAAGUACACACAAAAGCAGGGCAGCUACGCUGUCUUUGCAAUGAAUCAAUGAUUGGUCAUAGUGGUCGCGUCGUGGUUCCCUUGACCGCCAGACUAGACCGAAUCCGCAAUGCGUUCACCAUAGCGACACGACUCGACAACUGACAAAGAACACGACUACAAGCAUGCCUUUCGUAGCAAACACUCCGGAAUCGCUCCUCGACCGCAACGAUUCCAAAAAUCCUGCCUCGACAUGUCGGGGGCUCACCGCGUCUGGUCGACCUUGUCGAAGGCCCCUCGCUACCGCCGGCAGGGCCCUACAACCACCCUCGCGCAGUCGCUACGAUCCUGCAGAUGAGAACCUAUACUGUUGGCAGCAUCGAGAGCAAGCAAACUUCUCUGUGCACUCCAGCCCUGGACCGCGCGCAAAUGCCACACCCAUUCUGGAGGAGGAACGGCCCAGGACGAGCCUCGAUACUUUGGCUGACCGCCUAGGUCUGGUGGAUCUCCAGGACAAGGAAAAGAGGAAGAAGAAGAAGCAGCACACGCAGGGCGAUCCUGUCAAAAAUCCAAGGAUAUACCGACCACCUCCCAAGAAGGCCAAAGAGCCAACUCUGGAGUUUUGUUUCUGCUUCAAGAUGCCUCUGGAAGAGAAGACGCCAGCGCCACGCCCCCAGCCACAGCCAGUACAGCAACAACAUGCGAACUCGCACAUGCCCAGCCCCGGGCGGAGGACAAAGCAGACCCUGAAUGCGUCGACGGCAUCGCCAGCCAAGAGCUCACGAAAGUCAAACGUCUCACAAACGGCGAGAUUAAAAGAUCUCAUCCCCGAUGACUUGGACACCAUCACGGCAUCUGCCAUUUUGGCCGAGCUGGCCAAACCACAUUCCGAGGCAGAAGAGCCAGGGUACAUCUACAUGUUCUGGUUGACACCAGAGGCCAAGUCAGGUGGCCGGGCUGCGCCGGUCGACGCGGCGCGGCAGAUGCUCGCCCCGCCCUCACCAUCGCCUCGGAACCGUCGCGUCAGUGACACAGUCCUGCCCUACGCGGAUACGACUCGCAGCAGUGGCAAGAAGACCAUGGUUCUCAAAAUUGGGCGCGCGGCGAACGUUCAACGCCGUAUGAACCAAUGGCAGAGGCAGUGUGGUAGAGAGGUCGAGGUACUUCGGUACUAUCCUUACUCAUCGUCCACCGCGCCGCUCGAUGCGCCGCCCCGCACUACGCCGCAUGUUAAGAAGGUUGAGCGGCUGGUACAUAUUGAGUUGGCAGGGCGCGGGCUCAAAGCUGAUGCUGGGGCGUGCGAUGCCUGUGGCCGAGAGCAUCGAGAGUGGUUCGAGGUCGACGCUUCGAGGAAGGGGGUUCGAGAGGUGGACGAGAUUAUAAGACGAUGGGUGGAGUGGGAUGAGGGACUGUGACCUGGACUAUCGCAAGUUCGUGGUCAGGUUGGAUGUCAGCCAGGAUGAAUACUGCUUACGAUGAUGACCAUGAUCAACGGGAUCUUUUUCUUGAUUACGCAACGUGGCGUAGGGUGGAGCAUCUUUGCACAUCUUUCAGUCAUUCAUGUCGGCUUUUCAACAGAUUCAGCAGAAGGUAUCUACAAACAAUGUCUGGCUGAAUUUCCACUUAUUUGACCUUGCGGUGAUGAUAGAGGCCACGUAUCCUGUAUAUCUUUAUCGCCUCUACAAUCUUGAGGGCCAAACUUUUUUGAAGCUUUGCGCGAGGCCAAUCUUGCGCUCCUUGCG